CCUUUAUAUAUAAAGAAAAGGCAAUUUCCCUUCUCCGUCUUUGCUCCUAUCAUUUUUGCUGCCGCUUCUUCAUCUUCCUCGCAGCAGGUAAGUAAGUAAGUCAGAGAUAAACUGAAAGAUGGGGCGUGUCCGUACCAAGACCGUGAAGAAAUCUUCUCGCCAAGUCAUCGAGAAGUAUUACUCUCGCAUGACACUCGACUUCCACACGAACAAGAAGAUCCUCGAAGAAGUCGCAAUCAUCCCUUCGAAGCGUCUCCGCAACAAGAUCGCUGGAUUCUCCACCCAUUUGAUGAAGAGGAUCCAGAAGGGACCAGUCCGUGGUAUCUCGCUCAAGCUUCAAGAGGAAGAGCGUGAGCGCCGCAUGGACUUUGUUCCCGAUGAGUCUGCCAUCAAGACCGAUGUGAUCAAGGUGGACAAGGAGACUCUUGAGAUGCUUGCUUCCCUUGGAAUGGCUGACACUCCUGGCUUCUCUGAAGUUGAGACUCAGGCUCCGGCUCCUGCUUUUGGCAGGCCACCCAGAAGGUUCUGAGGAGUUUGCUCUUUAUUAUCAGUCAAUCAAGAUUCUGUUGCCUUUUCAAUUUUAGGGACACAAGAGUUGCAGUUCUUUGAGUGUUUUAUGUCUUUUGAUUCGAGACUUAUGUCUGAAACUGAAAGUUAAGACUUUUUUCUAUAUUCCAUACUUUUUUGAGUUUU